CGCGAAGGUCACACGCGUCCUGCUGCUGUGUGCAGGCAGCGAGAGGCGAGGUGAGGGGACGCGGAGAGGAGCACCAGCGGGGACUUUUGCUGCGUCGGGAACCGGCACGACCAGACUUUCCUCCCGCUCCAACACCACCUCGGCUCCCUUAAAAAAAAAAAAAAAAAGAAAAAGGAAGAAAAAAAAAAGACGAAGAGGAGCCCACAUUUUGAAGGACUUCGCUUUGAAGUCUUCCGCCCAACCGUCGUGUGGAAGUGGGAAUAAACUAAGGACGUGGGACGGAGGGAUGGCAUUUAAAGAAGGCAUUGUCAACCACUGAGUCGCAUUACGAAUGCUACUCGAAAGGUUUCGACUGCGGCCACGUUUGGUGAGGACAUGACAAGGGAGCUCUUUGAAGAAAUGUGCAAUGAUGACAUUCAAGCAGAGCCAAGUAACGUUAGCCUGCUAGCCCGCUAGCCCAGGAGCUAAGUGCUAACUAAGCCUGUGGAGGCUUUUGUAGCAUUGCGGAGUCACCUCGUGUUUUUUUUUAAAUAUUUUUUCUUGUUGUUCGGCCUUCCAGCAGGAAUGGAGAAGCCCGAAUGUCCGCCACAUCUACUCCGUGGGGACUGUUGAGACCGCGACGAGACGACAUUGUUGGCAAAAUCUCGUCCGAGGCGACCCGGCUAUGUUCCCGGGACUACUUUCCUGGUGUGACGUUAACCCAGGCAGGCCAUGUAGUCUCACAAUGUGCAUCUCCGACCGAGCACGGCGAUAAAGGCUCUUCCUUUUAGCUGAAAGUUGGUGAUUCCGGUUAUUUACAGGCCCGUUUGGAGCAUUAUUUGUAUUCUAGUUCUUCUCCUCAUCAUUGACCCCCCUGACUGGAGCGUACAAGCAUGUCUGGAGAGGUGCGUUUGAAGAAGCUGGAGAAACUGAUCCUGGACGGACCCAUCGAGUCCAAUGGCCAGUGUCUCAGCGUGGAGACCCUGCUGGACAUCCUGGUGUGUCUGUUCGACGAGUGCAACAACUCUCCGCUCAGAAGAGAGAAGAAUAUCUCGGAGUUCCUGGAUUGGGCCAAACCCUUCACGUCCAAAGUGAAGCAGAUGCGCCUGCACAAAGACGACUUUGAAAUCCUCAAAGUGAUUGGACGAGGAGCCUUCGGAGAGGUAGCGGUGGUCAAGGUGAAAAAUACGGACAAAGUGUUCGCCAUGAAGAUCCUCAACAAGUGGGAGAUGCUGAAGCGAGCCGAGACGGCGUGCUUUCGCGAGGAGAGAGAUGUGUUGGUGAACGGAGACUCCCAGUGGAUUACCACCCUCCACUAUGCCUUCCAGGAUGACAACAAUUUGUACCUCGUCAUGGACUACUAUGUGGGCGGGGACCUGCUGACCCUGCUCAGUAAAUUCGAGGACCGGCUGCCCGAGGAUAUGGCCAGAUUCUACCUGGCUGAAAUGGUGCUGGCCAUUGAGUCCAUUCAUCAGCUUCACUACGUUCACAGGGAUAUCAAACCUGACAACAUCCUUUUGGAUAGAAACGGCCACAUCCGCUUGGCUGACUUUGGCUCCUGCCUCAAACUCAUGGAGGAUGGAACGGUCCAGUCGUCCGUGGCUGUGGGAACCCCGGAUUAUAUCUCUCCAGAAAUCCUCCAGGCCAUGGAGGAUGGAAAGGGCAAGUACGGACCUGAGUGCGACUGGUGGUCCCUGGGAGUUUGCAUGUACGAAAUGCUGUACGGCGAAACUCCCUUCUAUGCGGAGUCCCUGGUUGAAACCUACGCCAAAAUCAUGAACCAUCAGGAGCGAUUCCAGUUCCCUCAGCAGAUUACGGAUGUCGUUUCAGAGGACGCCAAGGAUCUCAUACGUCGGCUCAUUUGCAGCCGGCAGUACCGAUUAGGACAGAACGGGAUUGAAGACUACAAGCAACAUCCCUUCUUUUCUGGCAUCGACUGGGACAACAUCCGCUUGUGUGAGGCCCCCUACAUCCCCGAGGUCAGCAGUCCCACAGACACGUCCAACUUCGACGUGGACGACGACAGUCUCAAGAACUCGGAGACCAUGCCCCCACCUUCUCACACCGCCUUUUCUGGCCACCACUUCCCCUUUGUUGGCUUCACCUACACCAGUAAAUGCACCAUAUCUGACCGGGGUUGCCUGCGACAACUGUCCGGCGAAGCCAGCAAGGCCGGGCAGGACAAAGUGGACGUGGAGGUACAGCGCGGCUUGGACAACAGCCUGGCAGCAGAGGCCUACGAGAGGAGGAUCCAGCGCCUCGAACAGGAGAAAGUGGAGCUGAGCCGCAAAGUUCAAGAGAUGACGCAGACCCUUCAGGCACUUCAGCAUCCGACAGCUGAUAGUCCCUUCACUGCAAGCAAGGAGGUGGAGAUCAGGAGUCUGAAGACCGAGAUCGACUACCUCAAGAAGCAACUCGCUGACUCGGGCCAGUUGGACAAGCAGAGUGAAGAUGUGACAGCGGCACAUCGGGAACUGGAGGAAACAUCCAGACACGUCAAGAUGUUGGAAAAGCAGUUGAAGACUCUGACAAAGGAGAGGGACGACCUGCACAAGGAUUUUGUGGAAGUGGACGAGAAGUUGAAGUCUCAGUCAAAGGAUCUUAAAGAAGCGCACGGCCAGAGAAAGCUGGUCAUGAAGGAGUUCUCGGAACUCAAUGAGAUCCUCUCAGACCUCAGGUCGGAGAAGCAGCACCUGUGUCGCCAGCUCCGUGACAAGGAGGAGGAAGUGGAGAGUCAGAGUGAGAAAGUGGAGGUGCUGCGUCUUGAGGUGCGCAAGGCUGAGAAGGCCCGGAAAGAGAUGGAGGCUCAGAUGGAGGAGCAGAGUGCAGAGGCUGUGAAGGACAGGAAGCUGAAGGAUCGCAAUGAACAGUACAGCCGGCAACUGGAGGAGGAGCUGCAGGGGCUGAAGUCCAAACACGUCGGCCUGUCCCCCUUCCCGGCGUCUGCAGAGGCCAAGACAAUGGCGUACGAGGAGGAGCUGGUACGUCGGGAGGCGCAGCACAGCACGGAGCUGAAAGCCAUGCGCAAGGAGCUGCGUGACGGCGACAGCCAGCAGCUGGCCUUGAAGAAAGAAGUGCAGAUCUUGAAGGACAAACUGGAGAAGACUCGGAGAGAGAGUCAAAGUGAGCGGGAGGAGUUUGAGGCGGACUACAAGCAAAAGUAUGAAAGAGAGAAAGUUCUGCUCACUGAAGAAAAUAAGAAACUUUCCAGUGAAUUGGAGACGCUGACCAGCGUGUUGGACAAGGUGAGCGCCUCCAGCCGGCAGCUGGAGGAGCAAGUGAGAGAGCUGGCGGACAAGAAGGAGAGCGUCGCUCACUGGGAGGCCCAGAUCACAGAAAUCAUCCAGUGGGUGAGCGAUGAGAAGGAUGCCCGAGGAUACCUGCAGGCUCUGGCCACCAAGAUGACCGAGGAGCUGGAGGGCCUGAGAAACAGCAGCCUGGGAGCAAGAGCCACGGUGAAAAAAAACACACUUGGCACACUGGGCAUACUGGACAAGCUCAUCACCACGUUGUUGCUGUCGCAGGACAUGCCUUGGAAGAUGCGUCGCUUUGCCAAGUUGGACAUGUCGGCCCGCCUGGAGCUGCAGUCUGCUCUGGACGCGGAGAUCAGAGCCAAGCAGAGCAUUCAGGACGAGCUGAACAAAGUGAAGGCCAACAACAUCUCCACAGAAUGCAAACUGCAGGAUGUGGAGAGCAGGAACCAGGAGCUUCUCGCUGAGAUCGACAGGCUGAAGAAGGAGACUGAGGAGCUGCGGAUGCGCAGAGGUGUCAAGCACCAAGAUUCCCAGAAUUCCUUCUUGGCUUUCCUCAACGCUCCCACUUCUACGCUGGACCAGUUUGACGACUCUUAUUCCUCCUCUUCAUCUUCUUUAAUUGAGUUUUGGGAAGACCGCUCGCCAUCCGCCGGGUCGGCGAGCAAAGGCAGACGUGUGGAAUCCAUGGACAACUUCACUCUCUCCAACACUCCAUCCCGGGAAGAUGAGCCCAAGUCCCGCCUCAAGACCCGCUCACGGUCACCCUCCACGGCCAGCGACAUGGAGCCCACGGAGUUGAUGGAUCAUUCUCCUCGUGCAGUGCAGACCCCCACCAUGCGCUCAGGAGGGUACGGCAGCAUUGGUCGGUCCUCCCCUAAGCCAAAAGCCCACCAGUUUGUGGUGAAGUCAUUCAGCUCGCCCACCAAGUGUAACCAGUGCACGUCCCUCAUGGUGGGACUCAUACGCCAAGGCUGCACCUGCGAAGUGUGCAACUUCUCCUGCCACGUGACAUGUGCAGACAAGGCUCCAGCUGUUUGUCCCGUUCCACAAGAUCAAACCAAAGGACCACUGGGCAUCGACACUCAGAGGGGCAUUGGUACCGCCUACGAGGGCCACGUCAGGGUGCCCAAACCAACGGGGGUGAAGAAGGGCUGGCAGAGGGCGGUGGCGGUGGUGUGCGACUUCAAACUUUUCCUCUACGAGCUUGGCGAAGGCAAGACAACGCAGCCGAGUGUCGUCGUGAGCCAAGUCAUCGACAUGAGGGACGAAGAGUUUUCAGUCAGCUCCGUCCUGGCCUCCGACGUCAUCCACGCCAGCCGCAAAGACAUCUCCAGCAUAUUCCGCGUGACGGCGUCCCAGCUCUCCCCCACCAGCAGCCACAAGCCCUCCAUCUUGAUUCUGGCCGACAGCGACCAGGAGAGGAACAAGUGGGUGGGUCUCCUCAAUGAGCUUCACCGCAUCCUCAGGAAGAACAAGCUGAAGGAGCGCUUCGUCUACGUGCCCAAGGAGGCGUACGACAGCACGCUGCCGCUCAUCAAGACCACGCAAUCUGCGGCCAUCAUAGAUCAUGAGCGUGUGGCCCUGGGCAACGAGGAGGGUCUUUAUGUGGUCCAUGUCACAAAAGACGAAAUCAUCCGUGUGGGCGACAACAAGAAGGUGCACCACAUCGACCUGAUCCCUCAUGAGCAGCUGCUGGCCGUCAUCUCGGGCAGGAACCGACACGUGCGCCUCUUCCCCUCGCAGGCCUUAGACGGCCGCGAGAUCGAGUCCUACAAGCUGACCGAGACCAAGGGCUGCCAGACCGUAGUCUCCGGGCCCGUGCGAAAUGGCUCGCUCACGUGUUUGUGUGUGGCCAUGAAGAGGCAGAUCAUAUGUUACGAGGUCAACAAGAGCAAGGCUCGUCACCGUCGUCUGCGGGAGCUUCAGGCUCCUGGGAUUGUCCAGUGGAUGGGUCUGCUCAACGAGCGCCUCUAUGUGGGCUAUCAGUCCGGCUUCGCUCGCUACAGUGUCCACGGGGACGUGUCUCCAGUCGUCCUGCUGCACCCCGAGGAUCACACCCUGGCCUUCAUCCCCCAGCAGAACCUGGACGCCCUGUGUGCCGUGGAGAUCUCCGGCAAGGAGUUGCUGCUGUGCUUCAGUGCCAUCGGAGUCUACGUGGACUCACAGGGUCGCAGAUCUCGUCAGCAGGAGCUCAUGUGGCCCGCAGUCCCCAACGCCGCCUGCUACAACGCUCCCUACCUGUCGGUAUACAGCGAGAACGCCGUGGACGUGUUUGACGUCAACACCAUGGACUGGAUUCAGACCAUUCCCCUCAAGAAGGUGCGUCCUUUGAAUGUCGAUGGCUCCUUGAACCUGCUGGGUCUGGAAACCGUGCGCCUCAUCUAUUUCAGAAACAAAACAGCCGAGGGCGACGAGCUAGUGGUGCCGGAGACGUCGGACAACAGCCGGAAGCAGUUGGUGCGCAGCAUGAACAGCAAGAGACGCUUCUCCUUUAGGGUGCCUGAGGAGGAGCGAAUUCAGCAGAGGAGGGAGAUGCUGAGGGACCCAGAGAUGAGGAACAAGCUGAUCUCCAACCCGACCAACUUUAACCACGUGGCUCACAUGGGACCAGGAGACGGGAUCCAGAUCCUCAAAGACCUCCCCAUGAACGUGCGCAUUCAGGAGAACCGCGGAGGAUUCAGCGGCUCGGUCAGCAUCCCGUCCAUCACCAAGAACCGAGGGGAGCCGGGCCGUUCCAUGAGCGCCAGCAGCGGACUGGGCAUACGCGCGACCUCCCAGAACGGCAGCGCCCUCCGCAGGGAGCUGUCAGGCGGCAGCUACGGCUCCAAACGUCAGGCCAUGACCUCGCCCUCCGAGAGCUCCCUGUCCUCGGGCGGCGGCGUGGACUGUGGCGACGCCCCCCUGUCCCACUUUGACAGAGAGUGGCAGGCGGUCUCGCCGUCGGAGAAGACCCCCGAUCUGAAAAGGGCUUUAAGGACCCUGCUUAGUAAAAUGAAGGACUCGGACUCCCCGCGUCACUCCACCGCCUCCAACAGCUCCACCUUCAGCAGCCCCCCCAGCCCCGCCUCCCCCCACAAGACCAAGUCCCUGUCCCUGGAGAGCACGGAGCGCGUGGCCUGGGACACAUGAGCACACCUCGCCAGGUUUCUACUUGUACAUAAGCAGCCUUUUGGCUUCCAGGGGACGAGAUUUUAAUUUAUUUAUCUUAGAGCAGAAACCUUAGCUUUGCUUGUCGGCCCCGCGCAGACGGGUGGCGUCUAGACCGCCCCCGCCCCUUCCAAAAAAAAACAAGUGUCACACUUUUAACAGCAAACGAUCUCAUCGUCACGCCGCGUCGGCAGUGACAUCAUCGCUCGCCAUGUUUCCUGUACAUAGGUAGAGAGUAAUAUAUGAGAAGGAUUUGUUUUUUAUUCAUGAGGAAGCCAUUUAAAAACUUUUUUAAAUUAAUUUUUAGAUUUUUUUUUUUUUAAUCUUAUGACCCUUCCCCUCCAUGGUUUGCAUUUGGACACACACACACACAUUUUUUAACAAGCUCUGAUCGUGGUUUAGUAACCCAAAAAAAAAGUUUGUGACUUGGUUGACUUUCCUGCAGAGGAAUGUCGGCUUCAUUUGCUCGCUUAUGGAAUCAAAAAAAAAAAAGGUGGAUGGCUGUAUUGGUAAAUUCUAAAAAAAAAAAAAAAAAAAAGCUGAUCAUAUUUGUGACACUAGAGGGAAAUAUUCACUACACUUGAUUUUCAACACUAAUUCCACGUGUCAUGACUCUUGUGCCUAACCUGACACGUGGAACGUAACAUUUUGUACAUUUAAGAUUGCGCUAACAGGCUCAGGUUAUGUUUUUGGAUUGUCAACAUUUUAAGGCUGUGGUGCCCCCCCCCCCCCCUUUCCCCCCCAAAUACUACAAAAAAAAAAUCACCCUUGCAUUUCACUUCUUUACAAUUCCUUCGAUAUUAUUUUGCUCUUCCAUAUCACACUUUGCUUUUUAUUGGUUUGCUUUGUAAUAAUUUGUACAGUUUUGCAUGUCCGAUGUAAUCAUUUGCUUGGUUUUUCUUUGGAUUUGCUUUUUUUUCCCCCCCCCCUCCUUCCUCCUUUGGGUGUUUGAGGACGAGGACACUGCAGGUGACGUCGAUUGUUUUUGCACAAAAUAUUUAAGGUGUAAAGGUCAAAAGAAAGUCAUAUUUACCAACUCCGAUGUAUUUCAAUAAAGCGGAGGGCUGUUACCAAGGA